AAAUUUGCUCAGUCUCAGUAAGUGUUUCAAGCACGUUGAAUCAAGUUUUACAGAAGCUUAAAAACAAAAGAAUAAUAAAAACAUGAAGUUAUUUGUGAUCUUGGCAUUAUUUGUUGCCAUUGCAUACGCAGUUCCCGUUGAAGAAGUCGAUCAACAACCAGAAGCUGAAUCACCUUUAACCAUUGUCACUUUAGAAGCUGAUGAUACUUCUAAUAAUCAGAAUAGUGAUGUAGUGCGUCAAAAGAGACAGUUCGGACUUCUCGGAUUAGGAGGAUUUGGCGGAUAUGGAGGAUAUGGAGGAUAUGGUAUGAAAAUAAACUGUAUUGAAAUCUCAAAUUUUCCAUCUCCAUGACCCUAAAAAGAUACUAGAUCCACUUCUUCCUAAAAAUCAAUUCCCAACCCUCUUUAACCCUGAAAUAAUUUAUCUGCGGAGCUCAUUUUCUUGAUGAUAAGAUCAUUCUUUAAAGUUCUGUAUAUGUGAGGAAUUGAAGAAUCUUUACAUGUAGCUUGAUUGUCUUAACACAAAUUAUUACAUUCUUUAUUUUUUUUUCCUUUUUUGCUGAUGCAUCUUGUAGGUGGAUAUAACAGAUAUCCAGGUGGAUAUGGAGGAUAUGGACACGGAGGAUAUGGAGGAUAUGGACAUGGAGGAUAUGGAGGACAUCAUCAUCAUCAUGGGCAUCAUCAUCAUCAUAGAGGGCACGGAGGACAUUAUGGAAAAUAAUGAAUUUAAAAUAAAACACGUGGUAAACACGUGACAUACAUGUGCUUCUCUAAAAUAGCUAAAUUAUUGUUCAUAAACAAAUUUCCAUCCACUCCCAUUCAUUUUAAUGCUCAAUAAAAAAUGUUGAUAUUUAUUUUAUUUAUUAUAA